AUGAGCCUCCGUCUGCCUCUCCGGGGUGGGAGCAAAUUCGUCACCAUCAUCAGCGCCGACGCUCCGCCGAUGAGCAACCCCGACGCCGCCGCAAGAGACAAAUUCUACGAGGACCUGCACGCCCUCUUGGCGACUGUGCCGAUGGCGGACAAGUUGGUUGUCCUUGGUGACUUCAACGCCCGCGUCGGCACAGACCAUGCUGCCUGCAGAGGAGUGCUGGGUCCCCAUGGUCUCCGCGGCUCAAACGACAAUGGCCUGCUGCUCCUCCGUACCUGCGCAGAACACCGCCUCAUCCUAACGAACACGUUCUUCUGUCUGCCGGUGCGAGAGAAUGCCACCUGGAGGCAUCCUCGGUCGCGUCAGUGGCAACUACUGGACUAUGUCCUCGUCAAGAGGCGAGACGUGCUGGUGACAAAGGCGAUCGCGGGUGCUGACGGCUGGACUGAACAUCGCCUCGUCAUCUCGAAGAUGCGUAUUCGCCCACAGCCUCGCAGGAGACCACAAUGGAAGCGACCCCCAGGUAAGCUAAAUAUUGCCUUGUUUUCUUUGCCCGCUCACCAUCUUCAUUACAGCAGUGAGCUAGCUCAAAUGCCGCCGCCGCCGCCGACGCCGCCAACAACGCCUCCGUGGAGAACCGAUGGUGUCAACUGCGGGACACAGUCCAGUCGACCGCGCUAGCCGUCCUCGGUCGCGCACGCCGCCAACACCAGGACUGGUUCGACGACAACGACGCCGCCAUCAGCAACCUGCUCGCCGAGAAGAACCGACUACACAAAGCCUACGUAGACCACCCACUGGCGACAACAGAGCUGCCUUCUACCGCAGUCGCCGCCACCUUCAGCAACGACUGCGCGAGAUGCAGAACGUCUGGACUGCUCGCAAAGCUGAGGAGAUCCAAGGAUACGCGGACCACAACGAAUGGAAGAACUUCUUCUCUGCGAUCAAAGCUGUCUACGGUCCGCCGACAAAGGGCACUGCUCCUCUCCUCAGCGCUGACGGCAACACUCUCCUGACUGAGAAGACGCAAAUCCUACAGCGAUGGGCCGAGCAUUUCCGAGGCGUCCUCAACCGCCCCUCCGUCAUCUCACACGCCGCCAUCGAUCGUUUGCCGAAAGUGGAGACCAACGUGGACUUCGACCUCUCGCAUCUCUCCAGGAAGCCAUCAGGACCGUGCAGCAGCUCUCCAGCGGGAAAGCACCCGGAUCGGACGCAAUCCCUGCUGAGGUCUACAAGCACGGAGGUCCCCAACUGA